GUUUUUGAGCAGCUCCCAUGUUUGUGCCGCUUCAUGUCUUGUCUCCUGGCUGCCGACUGACUUCCUAUGGCUGUAUUUCUGUAGCUGUUGUGUCGCGUCGGCGUUAGCCUUCAGCUGCCACUGCUAACUGAUGUGUGGCUAUAGUUAUUGCCUCACAGUGGUGGAAAAAGUAUUCAAAUCAUUGAACGAUUCCUGGAGCGGUUUGAAGGUGCUGAGUGACCCUCUAGACAGCAUGGCCCCCAAGGACAUCAUGACCAAUUCCCACGCCAAAUCCAUUCUUAAUGCAAUGAACUCUCUCCGCAAAAGCAGCACACUUUGUGAUAUAACGCUCAGGGUGGAAAAUACAGAUUUUCCAGCUCACCGGAUUGUCUUAGCGGCCUGCAGUGACUAUUUCUGUGCAAUGUUCACCAGUGAGCUUGCAGAAAAGGGGAAAUCCUUCGUGGACAUCCAGGGGUUAACAGCCUCGACAAUGGAGAUCUUGUUGGACUUUGUCUAUACAGAGACUGUGCUCGUUACAGUGGAGAACGUGCAAGAACUGCUCCCUGCAGCAUGCUUGCUUCAACUUAAAGGGGUGAAAAGAGCAUGUUGUGAUUUUUUGGAGAGCCAACUCGAUCCAACUAACUGCCUGGGCAUCCGCGACUUUGCCGAAACACACAAUUGCCUGGACCUGAUGCAAGCCGCCGACCUCUUUUCACAGAAGCAUUUCUCCGAGGUGGUUCAGCAUGAAGAGUUCAUGCUGCUGAGCCAGACAGAAGUUGAAAAGCUCAUCAAAUGUGAUGAAAUCCAGGUGGAUUCAGAAGAGCCUGUAUUCGAAGCUGUGCUCAACUGGGUCAAACACAACCGAAAAGAGAGAGAGCCUUAUUUGCCUGACAUGCUGGAGUUUGUCCGGAUGCCAUUGCUGACGCCCCGCUACAUCACGGAUGUCAUCGAUGCCGAGCCCCUCAUACGCAGUAGCCUGCCCUGUCGAGACCUUGUUGAUGAAGCCAAGAAGUUUCACCUGAGACCAGAGCUGAGGAGUGAAAUGCAAGGCCCGCGCACGCAAGCCAGAUUAGGUGCCAAAGAAGUCCUUUUAGUGAUCGGCGGCUUCGGCAGCCAGCAAUCGCCAAUUGACGUUGUUGAGAAAUAUGAUCCCAAAACUCAGGAGUGGACCUUCCUCCCAAACAUUGCGAGGAAACGGCGUUAUGUUGCUACGGUGUCUCUCCACGAUCGAGUUUAUGUGAUUGGAGGGUACGACGGACGCUCCAGACUCAGCUCAGUGGAAUGUCUAGACUACACGGCGGACGAGGACGGGGUUUGGUACACUGUGGCCACCAUGAAUGUGCGCCGCGGUCUUGCCGGGGCUACAACACUCGGAGACAUGAUAUACGUCGCCGGCGGUUUUGAUGGUAGUAGGCGCCACACCAGCAUGGAGCGAUAUGACCCAAACAUUGACCAGUGGAGCAUGCUAGGAGAUAUGCAGACAGCUCGUGAAGGCGCUGGUCUAGUGGUCGCCAGCGGACUGAUAUACUGCCUUGGUGGCUAUGAUGGACUGAAUAUACUGAAUUCUGUGGAGCGGUAUGACCCCCACACAGGCCACUGGACGAGUGUCACUCCAAUGGCUACCAAGCGCUCUGGGGCAGGCGUUGCUUUGCUCAACGAUCACAUCUACGUGGUUGGAGGCUUCGAUGGGGUUUCGCACUUAGACUCUGUUGAGGUCUAUAACAUCAGAACAGAUUUUUGGACCACCGUGGCUAGCAUGACCACACCUCGAUGCUACGUCGGAGCGACGGUCCUCAGAGGAAGACUCUACGCCAUCGCCGGAUAUGACGGCAACUCUCUUCUCAGCAGUAUUGAAUGUUACGAUCCGGUGAUCGACUCAUGGGAGGUGGUGGCCUCCAUGGUGACGCAGCGGUGCGACGCAGGAGUAUGUGUUUUACGAGAAAAGUGAUUGUUGCGAUACUAAUACGCCGACUGAAAAAAGCAGGCAGCUGGACUUGGAGGCAAUGCCACUAAAAGACAGCGUGUUCAUUUGUUCAACGGUCUGAUCAAGGGAACUUCUAAAAACACUCAUUCGCUGGACCUUCAACCUUCCGCCAUUUUAAGAGGUAGUGCUUGGCUGCGAUCCACUUCUGUGGAUCCCACCACCACCUGCAUGGCUCUCCUUGUUACUGUUGUUUAUCUGUGAGAUUAUUUUUAUCCUCGAAGUGCAAUAUAUUUGUUACUGAAGCAUAUUGCCGCCACACCAGGAAAUAAGUUUAACGCUAGAAUUUGGCAAAACAAAAACAAGCAAUUCCUUCUAGUUUAAGUUAGUAGUGGUUAGUCCUUUUUCUGUCUCCUGAAUUAACGUUACUAGCAAAGUAACUAUGCUGCUCUUCUGUAGUAAAGUAAAAAUAAUACUAAUAAUAAGGCCAAGUAUUUUAAAAAGUCAAUAAGACCUAGAUGAGGCUUCACUAGUAACUUCAACCAGAAGGAAUUGCUUUUUUCUUAACCCAAUGCGGAACUCAAAACUCAAUCAGGUUUUACCGUGAUAACAUCACAUUAUUAUGUAAGAACUGAAAACAUUCACAUUAGGUAUCACGUUACAGCAUGAUAAAGAACCUUUUUUUCUGGUUUGCCAGCAGUACAUUUCCCUAAUUUGUACACAUCAUCAGAAAAGAGAUGCUGCUUAACGCCUUAUGAAUCCAGCUUGCAUCGCUUAGUGAACAUUCACGUUGCCUCUCACUUUAAUGAGCCAUUUACUUCACAGCAUUUUCUCCGCUUGACAAUUCUCUUUUGAAGAAUUCGUUUAGACUCAGACUGGCUAUAUAAAACGACCGGAAAAUAAAUUUGAAUAGUUUUAGAAAAUUAUUGGAGUUGUUCCAUUUAGGAUAAGAUUCUUUCCCUUCUUUUUUUUUUUUUUUUAUAAUUUCUUGACGUCCGUUUGAGGUACGUCAUUUAUUUCUUGCUCAAGCAUUUCAAUUUGUACAUUACAGUAUAUUACUUUGACACUUGCUCGCAAAGUGAAUAAACAGAAGAAGAACAUUGUAUCCUGACUGUAUAACUGUUC